GAAGAACCUGAACAAUCAUGUGUUUCUCCAGGGUCCUGGUUGUGGGGCCAGGAUUCCCGUCUGGGAGAAUGUCCCAGAGCACAUUGCUGUUCUGAGGGCCAGUAUGCACAGGAGUGUAGAUGACUUCUGUGAUACAGUGGAAAGUCUACCCAAUGAAAAUGCAGAGGUGCAGCCAGCUCUAGAAAAGCUAGAGGACCAAAUUAAUGAGGACAUGCUUGAAGCUGUGGGUGCUACCAUUGAGGACAAUGUCUCGGAAUCUGCUCCCUUGCUUUCCGAGCUACGUCUCAGAACCCAAAGACCUGCUGAUCCUGACGUGAUAUAUGAUGGCCCAGAGGUCCAGGAGCCUGAGAGCAUUUGGGACAGGGUAAAGAGAAUGUUUGAUGUGCUGAUGCAGAAAUGGAGCGAUGCACUGGCCUGGCUGUGGAAGAAGGUGGCUGCCUGCCUACAGUCCUUGGGCAACGCGAUUGAGGCCAUCUGGAGAAAGUUCAAAGGUUUCUGCUCCUCUCUGGGGCAGCUCUUCAAGAGCUGCAUCACUGUCUAGGGGCCCCACAGGGUCCCGGAGGGGGUUGUCACCCUUGAUCCUUCCUUGACAACCUCCUUCUCCACCCAUUCAGGGUGGAUAAGACGCCCUACUGCCCGGAAAGCUAUCUCUUACUGGGCUUCCUGUUUUCACCCUGGUACUUUGAUCUUAAUAAAAAAUCAACCUAUCCAAA